UUAAAAAAGUCUUUUUACGUCCUGUCAAAUGGAUCAAAACAAGCACGUGUAGAAAUUAUACAAAAUGCGUAUAGAAACUUGUUAUUUCUGCUCCUCCAGGGUAUAUCCUGGCCACGGGAUUCAAUUUGUUCGGAACGAUUGCAAGAUUUUCAGAUUCUGCCGUUCAAAAUGCCAUGCAGCCUUUAAAAAGAAGAAAAACCCGCGUAAAACCAAAUGGACUAAAGCGUACCGUAAAACAGCGGGUAAAGAAUUGGCGAUCGACCCAUCGUUUGAGUUCGAAAAACGGCGUCACACUCCAGUGAAAUAUAGCCGGGAAUUAUGGAAUAAGACCAUUGAAGCUAUGAAGAAAGUGGAAGAGAUAAGGCAGAAUAGAUCCAAUAACUACAUAAUGCAGAGAUUAAGGAAAGGGCGCGAAGUUGAGUGGCAGAGGGACGUAAGAGAGGUGCAAAGAGAUAUAUCACUCAUAAGAUCCCCAGCAGCUGGUCUAAAACAACGACAAGCAGAGGAGGAUAAUGAAAUGGAUAUUGAACCUGAGACCAUAGAAGUUGUAGACGCUAAAGGCCGCAGACAAGUCAUCGAAGCCCCUGUCAUGGUGCCAGCUGUUGGAGAAAUGAUCGAAGAUGGUGGAGAUGUGGAAUUAUAGAUUUAUACUCUCUAAACAUAGAGU